AUGAACACCAACCACACCGAGACAGUGUUGACUCGAAAGGACCCGUUUAACAGGCUCUUCACCAAGAUCUUCGACGCCCUACCACCCUCAACUCGAGGUCACGUCGUCGCUGUGGUCGGCGAGUUCCUUGGCACUAUCGUCUUUCUUACGUUGGCUUUCGCGGGCGUCGAAACAGCCAGCGCGUCUUCGAACGGAAACCAAGGCCUCGGUGUCUCGACUACGGCAAAGCCACAUACUUCGGCGCAGCUGCUGUACACCGCUUUGGUGGUUGGCUUCAGUUUGGCCGUCACUGCCUGGACAUUCUUCCGCAUCAGCGGAGGUCUCUUCAACCCUGUGAUCUCUUUCGGCAUGGCAUUGAUAGGUGCAAUCACCUGGGUUCGGUGUGUACUCCUCAUCGUCGCACAAUCUGCUGCAACCAUCGCGGCUUCCUACAUCGUGUACGCUCUAUUCAGUGGCGGUCUCAACGUCGGCACCGAGCUUGGAGGAGGCACCACUAUCGCACAAGGCAUCGUUAUUGAGAUGAUCUUGACGGCUCAAUUGGCGUUCACAAUCUUCGUGCUUGCCGCUGAGGAACAUGCUGGAACAUGCUUGGCUCCGAUUGGCAUUGGCUUGUCUCUGUUCGUUGGAGAACUCAUUGGAGCCUUCUGGACUGGUGGUUCCAUGAAUCCAAUUCGCUCGCUGGCUCCUUGCAUCGUCAACCGCUCGUUUCCUGAAUACCUCUGGAUCUACUUCGUUGGACCAAUCGCCGGUGUCGUACUUGCAGUCUUGGUGUACAAGCUCGUCGUGGCUUUGGAAUACGAGAUCGCGGAUGAUCAGGAUCCGAUGCCUGAAUUGAUUCUGCCAAUCGUGAGGAACGGACGAAAGCCCUCUUCCAUCAUUCCAAUAGCAAGCGCAGGUCCUCCCACCCCGGAAAAGCAAGUCCAAGAGCCAGCCAAGACUCACAAAAAGUCUGUUAGCUUCGGCAAUGGGCAACCUUCUGGAGAUAUUGAAAACCCGGUCCUUUAUGAAAGCCAUACGGACUAG